CCAGCGCUUCUGCCACUACCUCAGAGUAGUGACAAGGACCUCAGUGACCCUGUAGCCAUUGCUGAGGCUUGUGGCUACACUCCUACUGUGAAAACUGCAGGGUCACGCUGCAAGGUGAACCCAAGCAAAGGCAAGGGUCGAGGCAAGGAGAACUCAGCUUACAGUACCACCAAAAAGCGUGCCCGUGAGAUACUUGAGGAUGAUGAUGAGGCCAGAGUUAAACGAGGACACCCUCAUGGAUCAAACAACUACAGUAGUGCUGAUAUGAAGACUCUUCUCAACGUGGUUGAAGAGGAGCUGCCACUUGGUCAGCGAGGCUGGCAGGCCAUACAUGCGAAGUUCGCGCAGUGGGCUAAGCGAGCUGGCCGCCCUGAUCGUAAGGUUACCUCCCUCGAAACAAAGUUCAAACAGCUGGUGAAGACCACGAAGCCAACAGGAGAUGGUGUUUGCCCCCCUGAAGUCAGCCGCGCACAUGAAAUCGACCACCUCAUUAAUGAGUGUGCAGGUACCCAUGAUGUCAAUGACAUGGACUUAGAGGAUGAUGACAAUGGUCUUUCAUUGGUGUCGGCUCACGAAUCUCCUCACCCUGUGCAGCACACUGCAGUGGCACGCUCUGUCCCAACAGAGGCCCCAGUACCAUGCCGCCGUGGGCCUGCCAAUGAGUUACUGAAUCGCAUCUCAGGUGCCUUUGAUCCUGAUGCCAUCAGAGCACGAGAUGACGAACGAGCCAAUCGCACGCUGGCCAAUACCCAUUUCUUGACUCAGUCUCAACAGCUUCGUGAUGCGCAGGGAACCAUCAAAAAUUUACACAACCAACUGUUUGAACUGCGGACCCGUCUCAAUGACAUUGAACGCGCACGUGAUAAGGCAGAGUUAUGUGUUGAAAUG